AUGAGCGUGGCGCUGCGGAACGCCCAGCGGGCCGUGCCGGUGCGUCGCGCCCCGCUCCGCCGCGCCGUGUGCAUCCUGCGGGCCGCCCUGGGCGCUUCCCGCUUCGACGUGGGGCUGAUCUGCGCCAACAACGGGCUGAUGCGGCGCCUCAACGGCGCGUACCGGCAGCGCCCGGAGCCCACCGACGUCCUCUCCUUCCCCUUCCACCGGGUGGUGGCGGGGGAGCUGCCGCGGCCGAGCUGCCGCGACGAGUACAACCUGGGGGACAUCUUCCUGGGGGUGGAGUACAUCCACCAGCAGUGCCGCGACACCGGGGAGGACUUCGAUGGCGUCCUGGCGGUGACGGCAGCCCACGGAUUGUGCCACUUGCUUGGCUACCAGCACAAUACCAAACCCGAGUGGCAACAGAUGUACCAGAAAGAGGUGGAGAUCCUGGAGGAGCUGAACCGGGUCACCGGCGCCAGCCUCCGGCCCCUGACCGCGGGCCUGUUCUGAGGCAGCCGCGCCGGGGACCCCGCGGCCGCCGCUUCCCUCCCGCGCACCGAGGGGCCGGG